GGCGGGGCCUGGCGAUCCGGGUCCCGCGGGCGCGCCGGCUUCACGGCGAGGCUGUCUGUCGUCAUGGUGGGGCCGUGGGUGUACCUGGCGGCGGCGGUUUUGCUCAUCGGCCUUAUCCUCUUCCUGACUCGCAGCCGGGGUCGGGCGGCAGCAGCUGGUGGUGAGCCACUGCACAAUGAGGAAGAGCGGGCUGCAGCAGGCCAGGUAGCCCAGCCUGGGCCGCGGGAGUCUGAGGAGCAGAGAACUGGAGGCCAGCCACGGCGGCGGAGGGACUUGGGCAGCCGUCUCCAGGCCCAGCGUCGAGCCCAGCGAGUGGCCUGGGCAGAAGUGGAUGAGCAUGAAGAUGAAGCUGUUAUUCCAGCCCAGGAGGAAGAAGGCAUUGAGAAGCCAGCAGAAGCUCACCCAACAGGGAAAAUUGGAGCCAAGAAACUACGGAAGCUAGAGGAAAAACAGGCUCGAAAAGCCCAGCGUGAGGCAGAGGAGGCUGAACGUGAGGAACGAAAACGCCUAGAAUCCCAACGAGAAGCCGAAUGGAAGAAGGAAGAGGAGCGGCUUCGCCUGCAGGAAGAGCAGAAGGAGGAGGAAGAGAGGAAGGCUCGGGAGGAGCAGGCCCGGCGGGAGCAUGAGGAGUACCUGAAACUGAAAGAGGCCUUCGUGGUAGAGGAGGAAGGUGUCAGCGAAACCAUGACUGAGGAGCAGUCUCACAGCUUCCUGACAGAAUUCAUCAAUUACAUCAAGCAGUCCAAGGUUGUGCUUUUGGAAGACCUGGCUUUCCAGAUGGGUCUGCGGACUCAGGACACCAUAAACCGCAUCCAAGACCUACUCUCCGAGGGAACUCUAACAGGUGUGAUUGACGACCGGGGCAAGUUCAUCUACAUAACCCCAGAGGAACUGGCUGCCGUGGCCAAUUUCAUCAGACAGCGGGGCCGGGUGUCCAUCACUGAGCUUGCCCAGGCCAGCAACUCCCUCAUCUCCUGGGGCCAGGACCUUCCUGCCCAGGCUUCAGUGUGACUCCAGCCUUGACUUGAAUGUAUCCUGUGGCCUCCAAGCAUCACUAGACUUCCUGCCAUCUUGGGGCAGGGAUGCAAUAUGGCCAGAAAGUUGUGAGUUAGAGGCCUCUGAGUGCUACUGAACUUGUGUGGCUUGGUGUAGAAGGCCUGGCCUGGGAUCUCAGAGAAGCAGAUGAAAUCUACAUCUCGGGCUGUAUCUUAGAGGUGAGAGGGUCCCUUAUGAGGUGGCAGGAGUCCCGUUUCAUUAAAAACAAACUAUUACACA